CUUUUACCCCUUAGAUACAAAUACGGAAGAAUGCGGAGACGAGUGCCUCGACGACCACUGACAUUUGAACAGCUGGCUGUUAGUAAUGGCCGAUUCCGAUUCCAGUGAGUCGGCCAUUACGACUCAGACUGGACCUGUCCAAUCCACCAUUACGGCUCACACAGGUGGGGUUGCAGUGGUACCUCAACUUCAUUCUUGCCACAUUGAAGGAUCUGUCAACAUCAAUGUCAGCACAUCCUCAGCUCCUGUUCUGAAAUCAGAUAUUUGCAUUAAAACAGUGUCUGAAAAACUGAAAUCAAAACUGAGAAAGACGUUUGGGAGCAUUUUAGAAGGCAUCGCAAAGAAAGGAACCCCAACAUUGCUCAAUGAUAUUUACACAAAGUUGUACAUCCUUGAGGGAGAGAAAGAGGGAAUAAACCAUGAACAUGAGGUUUGGGACUUCGACAGCAUCUCCAAAUCACAAUCAUCUCAAGACACUCCAAUUGACCUCAAUGACAUUUUUAAACCUUUACCUAAUGAAAAUGAUCAAGAAGAGGAAAAAGAUUUUCGAAUUGUUCUGACUAAAGGAAUUGCUGGUAUUGGGAAAACAGUUUCUGUGCAUAAAUUUAUCCUUGACUGGGCCGAAGAGAAAGCCAACGAGGAUGUGGAUCUCAUGAUUGUGCUUCCCUUUCGAGAUUUGAACACAAUGAUUGACGAUGAUGACAGGUACAGUCUUCAAGAGCUGCUGGAGGAGUUCUGUUCUGAACUUAAGGAUGUCAAAGACCCAAAGACCUAUGAGAACUUCAACAUUGUGUUCAUCUUUGAUGGUCUGGAUGAAAGUCGUCUUCCUCUUGAUUUCCAUAACAACAAGAGGGUGUCUAAGGUCACAAAAAAGUGUUCAGUGGAUGAGCUGAUUACAAAUCUCAUACAAUCUGAUCGUCUUUUGCCAUCUGCACGAAUAUGGAUAACUUCUCGACCGGCAGCCAUCCACAAAGUCAGCAACUGGACACAAACGACACAUCGUUUGACUGAGAUACAAGGAUUCAGUGACCCACAGAAGGAGGAGUAUUUCAGGAAGAAGAUCCAUGAUGAUAAUUUAGCAGACAGGGUUAUCUCACAUAUCAAAAUAUCAAGAAGCCUACACAUCAUGUGUCACAUCCCAGUCUUCUGUUGGAUUUCAGCAACAGUGCUUUCUUUUCCUGAGAUAUUGGACACUGCUCAUGAAAACAUCCCUACCUCCCUGACUACUAUGUACACCCGAUUUCUUCUUUAUCAGAUGCAGAAGAAGAAUGAGAAGUACUAUGGAAAACACAAUACGGUGCCACUGUCAGAGACAGACAUGAAGAUCAUCCUCAAAUUGGGUAAGCUGGCCUUUGCAAACUUAGAGGAACAAAAUCUAGUGUUUUCUGAGAGUGACCUGAGGAAGUAUGAGAUUGACGUCACUGAUGUCUCCGUACAUUCAGGGGUGUUUACUGAAGUGGUUAAAGAGGAAGAUCCCAUGUUCAGAGAUAAGUGGUACAGCUUUGUCCAUCUCACCAUACAAGAGUAUCUUGCUGCAUUCUACACAUUCUACCAGUUUGUCUCUGAAGGGUCAAACCCAUUUCCAGUACAAAAAAACAGACAGUCAUAUCCCAGAGUCGGAUAUAAUCGCAACACAUAUGACUAUGAAGAGGAAGGUGAACAGAGUGGUGAUACAGACACAAUGGGAACUCUGCAUGAUUUACACAAGGCUGCAAUUGGCAAAGCUCUGAAGAGCACCAACGGUCAUCUGGAUCUCUUUCUCAGAUUUCUUCUUGGGCUUUCGGUGGAUGAGAGUCUGUGGCGGUAUUUCAAGCUACAAACAACCAUAGAUCAAGAGAGCAUCAUGAGAACCAGCCAGCUCAUUAAAACCAAGCUCAGAGAGGACAACGAGAGAGAGCUUCCAUCCCCAGAACGUUGCAUCAAUCUCAUCCACUGCCUCACCGAACUCAAAGACAACUCACUGGUGAAAGAAAUUCAGAAUUUCAUGAAGAAUCUUUCUGAUCAGAGGAUAAGCCCAGCCCUGUGCACUACCCUUGCCUACAUGAUUACCACAUCAAAUGAGGUGAUGGAGGAGUUUGACCUGAGGAAGUACAAUACAUCAAGAGAGGGUCGGAAAAGACUGAUUCCAGUUAUAGGACGCUGCAUCAGAGCCAAACUUUGUGGGUGCGAAUUGGAACAAGAUAUCUGUGACACUCUGGCCGAGGCCAUGGAGAUGCCGUUAUCCCAGCUUAAGAUACUUGACUUGAGUUACAACCCCUUGACAGAUGCUGGAGUAGAGAAAAUACUUCAGGCACUUUUAAGCAAAAAGCGUGACCUGGAAACACUGAGGUUGUGUGCCUGUCACAUCACUGAGACGUCCUGUGUGACGUUGGCCAAGGUCCUUCAGCAGUCGAGUCUCAGGGAACUGGAUCUGAGUGGCAAUGCGAUAGGAGAUGAAGGAGUUAAGCUGGUCUGCACCGGACUAAUGAGUCCCCACUGUCGGUUAAGCACACUGGGAUUGAAAGACUGCAACCUCUACAAGGGCUCCUGUGCGGCUUUGGCUUCUGUUUUAUGGUCUUUUUCGGAGUUGAAAGGCCUAGACCUGUCAGACAACGAUUUGCCAAACGCAGGACUGAGACGACUAUCAGCUGGACUAAGGAAUUCCAACUGCUCUCUUCAUGUCCUCAGGAUGUCUGGUUGCCAGAUCACAGAGAGAGGCUGUGCUUUGCUUGCCUCCACUCUCAUCCGAAAUCCCCAUCAUCUUGAAGAGCUGGAUCUCAGCUACAAUCACCCAGGAGAGUCAGGAGUACAGCUGCUGUCUGCAAGGCUGGAAGAUCAACACUGCCAUCUACAGAAACUGAACAUGGAUCAUGUUGGAGAAAGGCACCUAAAAUGGGGUUUCAAGAAAUAUGCAGUAGACCUCAAAUUUGGUUGGAGUGACGGAGUGGACGUAUCUCAAGACUUAAAGAAAGCCACAAGAAGGAACUUGGAGAUGUUCUACAGCCCAUUCGACUCAGACGAUGAUGAUAUGGGAGUUCUGGCAAAGACUAAUUUGCAAAACUCCCAGGUGGAAGUGCAGUGUUUCCCAAGUCUAUCGGGGGAACGCUUCUACUGGGAAGUGGAUUGGACUGGUAUGAUUUUCAUUGGCAUGAAACAUAAGAGUGCGGGUAAAAGGUUUGGUUUCAACCCGUUUGAAAAGUAUUUUCUGACGUGCAGCAGGGAUCAGUACGUUGCUUUCCACAAUGACCGGGUCAGUACAAAGUCGAUGUCACAGGUAAAGAAGCCAAAUCCAGACCCUCAGCGGAUCGGUGUGUUCCUGGACUGGCCAGCGGGUAUUUUGUCUUUCUACAGCGUCUCUUCGGGCAAGAGGACUUUCCUGCACACAUUUCACACCACAUUUAGUGCACCUGUUGUACCUUUUUUUUCAUUUGCAAAGCCACAUCCUUAUGAUGGAAUUGGUUCAGUCACUCUUCGUACAUUUUGAAUCUGUAAAUGAUGCAGUUGUACUAAUGUGUAAUUUCCACAGAAUAAGCCCUAUUUACUUCCAGGGUGAGACAUUAAAAUGUGUGCCAGUGUGA